AUGAGGACAGCUAAAGAGGGAGAAUAUCCAUAUUUACAUAAUUUAAAAAACACUAUCGAUGAUAACGCUCAAAAAUUCUUUGAAAAGGAUAUCUUGAAUGAACAAGAAAAGUAGACAGCUGCCGAUCUUUAUAUCGAAUACAAUAAGAAUAUAACAGAGGUGAACAAGUUCUUAUUGCUUGAAUAUUCGGUGUUACAAAAUAAAAUCACCAAUUGUCUUAGGAAUCGUUGUUAUGAUGAUAUUUUUAAGGAUAGACAGUCAAUAAGAUUUUGUGUAAUCGAAUGCACUUAAGGUUUGAAAGAUGCAGAUAAAUUCGUUUAGAAUUAAUUUUAAUUAUUGAAGGAUGAUUUCUAACAAUGUAUGGAAAAGACGAAUACAGGACAAUGGAUGAUUUCAGGUGUUUUCAAAUGUUAUAAUAAUAUGAAUGAAAGCUUUUCAUAAUUAAAAUUAAACAUUAGAGAGGAAUUCAAUUAUUAUUAAUGA